AUGGUGGGCGUGGAAGGCGGCGCGAGCGAGCUCGUCUCAUUGACGGCCGUCGACUUCCUCACCGGCGAGCUGAUCGUCAACUCUCUUGUCCACCCGCGGCAGCCCGUGGUCGACUGGCGCACGCAGAUCCACGGCGUCUCGCCGGCCGGGCUGUCGGUGGCGCGGGCCCAGGGCCUGACCCUAGACGGGUGGCAGGCAGCGACGGCCGAGCUGUUCAAGUAUGUCGACCGGGACACGGUGCUGAUCGGGCAGUCCCUGCAAUAUGACCUCGCCGCCCUCCAUGUCCGGCACACUUGUGUGGUUGAUUCGGCAAUCCUGGCAUCGGAGGCCGCGUUCGGCACCAAGGGCAAGCCUCGUUACUGGGGUCUUGGUUUGAAGAACCUAUGCAGCGAGUUGCUCGGCCUCAAGAUCCGCGAGGAGGCGCCUCUUGGUGUUAGUAAGAUUCACGACGGCCUGGAGGAUGUCCUCGCUGCACGAGAAGUGGUUUUGUACUGGCUGGAACAGCCCACAGCGGUCAGGACCUGGGCGAAAGGAAAGCGCAACGGCUUUCGGAGGGCCCCAGGCCAGUCUCGCAAAGGUCGUCGAGGGAAGACUCGGACCCGCAGUCAACAGAAAGAUCCAUGGGAGAAUGGUCAGAGACACGACGACAACGAGUAUAUCUCGGACGAGGUCCUCAGGUGGGAGGAUGUGAUCGACUACGAGAUGUGGCCUAAAUCCCCUCCUGACUCUGACUAA